UUGUUAGGUCGUAAUUUUUAAAAUCAUGUGAAGGUAUAUUUCAACAUGUAUCCUUUGACUAGCAUGUUUUUUUCUUUUAAAAAGGGAUUUCCUUGUAAGAGUUACAAUUUCCUUGCUCACUGGAAUUAUAUAGCGGUAAAUGAUUACUUGAAUAGUAAGUAGAAUAUACCAUCAUUCCAAUUGAAAAUUUUAAACUUGCAAAAUUUUUAUCUUACAAAUUUUGACAAUUUAAAUAAAUCCUCGUAAAUAUUUUAACAUAUUUAUUCAUGCAAUCCCGGAACUCGAAUCUUUCACCAAACUUAUACCAACAAUUAUUAAAAUGACGAAAGCAUAAGAACCUUGCUGCUUAACUAAUCUCUCAACUUUCUAAUUGAGAAUGGCCACACUUAAUGUGUCUCCUUUAAUGAAAUCACAAAUUCUCUUGAUCCUACUUUCUUAACUUGCAGAACUGAAGUUGUAUAUAUGCAAACAGCUGUGCCCUUAUCGCUUUGCUUCAUUUCAAUCCUCUUCUACUAGUCAAUUUGGUCAAGUAUCUUUUGAAGUUGAAAAGAGUUAUAAUGGGGAGCAUAGAUGUUGCCCAAGGAAGCUCAUCAAAGAAGCCCAACCCUGGGAAAGCUACUAUUCUGGCACUUGGCAAGGCCUUUCCUCACCAGCUUGUCAUGCAGGAGUUCCUGGUUGAUGGGUAUUUCAAGAACACCAACUGUGAUGAUCCAGACCUCAAGCAGAAGCUCACCCGACUCUGCAAGACAACAACUGUGAAAACAAGAUACGUGGUCAUGUCAGAUGAUAUUCUAAAGAAAUAUCCAGAGCUCGCCAUUGAAGGUCUUCCGACUGUAAAGCAGCGGCUUGACAUCUGCAAUAAUGCAGUAACAGAGAUGGCCAUUGAAGCCUCAAAAGCUUGUAUUCAGAACUGGGGGAGACCAGAAUCAGACAUAACCCACUUAGUCUACGUCUCAUCCAGCGAAGCCCGGCUGCCAGGGGGGGAUCUUCACCUCGCAAAAGGCCUAGGACUCAGCCCGGAAACUCACCGCGUCUUACUCUACUUCAUGGGCUGCUCCGGCGGCGUGGCAGGUCUUCGCGUGGCAAAAGAUAUCGCAGAGAACAACCCUGGAAGCAGAAUCUUGUUAGCCACAACUGAAACCACCAUUAUUGGCUUCAAACCUCCGAGUGCCAACCGGCCAUAUGAUCUCGUCGGUGUUGCACUCUUCGGUGAUGGAGCCGGAGCCAUGAUAAUUGGCUCGGACCCAGUUGCAGAAACUGAAAACCCUUUGUUCGAGCUUAACACGGCAAUCCAGAACUUCUUGCCGGACACAGAAAAGACUAUAGACGGGAGGCUGACAGAAGAAGGGAUAAGCUUUAAACUCGCAAGAGAGCUUCCUCAGAUAAUUGAAGAUAACAUAGAAGGGUUCUGUGAGAAGUUGAUGGGAGUUGUUGGAUUCACUGAGAAGGAUUACAAUAAGAUGUUCUGGGCAGUUCAUCCCGGAGGUCCUGCAAUCUUGAAUCGGAUUGAGAAGCGGCUUGAAUUGUUGCCAGAGAAACUGAGCUCUAGCAGGCGAGCUCUGAUGGAUUAUGGCAAUGCUAGUAGUAAUACAAUUGUGUAUGUGCUGGAGUACAUGAUAGAAGAGAGCAAGAAGAUGAAGAUGGAAGAAGACAAGGAAGGUGAUGAGUGGGGAUUGAUAUUAGCUUUUGGACCUGGAAUUACAUUUGAGGGAAUUCUUGCAAGGAACCUGACAAUCUGAGAAUAAUAAUGGAGUCAAGUGGUCGAAAAGUUCGUUUCUUUGAUUUCCCUUGAUUAGUUAAAAAAAAAAAGGCCUGAAAAAAUGUCAACUUUAAAACUUGAUGGACUCCCCUGUCCCAUUUGAUGUCUUAAACCAAUCCGAAAAA